CACAUAAAUUCUGAGAAAUACGCCCAGCUUGGCUUUUGUAAAUUGAAUAAAACUGGUAUUCCGUGCAACCCUAUCCAUUGGUUUCAAUUCGCAGACGACGCGGCUGUCAUCAGCAGCCAAGAAAACGAAAAUCAAAUUCUGCUCAAUCGUUUCACAGUAUGGUGUCAAUGGGACAAUAUGAUAAUACAUGUUGACAAGUGCUCUUCAUUUGGAAUUAAAAAACGCUCAUCUACGUCUAUCCAGUACCAACAUAAGCUGUUCGUUAAUAACCAACUUAUACCCCGUAUCGAUCUCGGAGAAUCUUUCCGCUAUCUUGGUCGUUGUUUCGAUUUCAACAUGUCCGAAGAAAGACACAAAUCCGAAUUGUGA